AUGAAGAAUAAUUGUAAAUUGUGUCGAUAAAGUACAUAGUAACUAAUAUUGGAUAAAUUACAAACCAAAUAUUUUGAAGCAUUCAAUUUCUAUUUCGCUAAACCUAUAAAUGAAAUCCUUUCUUAAAUUACAAACGCUCCUCAUGUAAUUUAUUAUAAGGAUUAUCUGAUAUUAGAUGAGCAAUAGGAAUUCAUGAAAAGGUAGUUGAACUUCCUUAAAUUGUAGAUAUUAUAAGUAGGAAGAAGUCAAACCAAGAAUUGAUAUAUUGACUGAAUUUUAUGUGACCAAUUACAAAGAUUUACAUCCCUAUCUUUUGAUUGUCGAUUAACAUCAACUGAUGAUUAAGAGGAAUAAGCGAAUUGAUAAACUCUAUUAUUAGAGAGUCCAACAAAGUGAGCAUUCAAAUAAAUCAAAUAAUCAUAUCGUUAUUAACAACGUUCUUAAUUCAAAACUAUCCUCAAAAUCAUAAAUCAGUUAUGAAACUGAAGAACAUGACAUAUAUUCGUCAUAAGACAAACCAAAGAAACUUAGUCGUCUAGAUUUUAAAGGCUUAAAUAUCAUUAAUAUUCAAGAAGAAACCUAAUAAUUAAAUGAGAUGCUAGAUAAACAAUAUCUCAUUAUAAAUUAAAUGAGUAACUAACUUAAAAAAUUACCAUCACACUUUUAUUUAAGAUCCCCUCCUUAAAGUUAAUAAAUCAUUUCUACUAAUAUCAUAAAAGAUUUACAUGCUCUUAAAAGUGUUAAACGAAGAACUAAUCAUAUUGAUUUACGUGAAAAGAAAGGUAAUUAUAUAUUUAUAUAUUUUAGCAAUACUUGCUAAUUCUAAAAGUGAAUCUAAACAUUCUUAAUCCAGUUUUAAAAUGUCUAAAAUUAAGGAUUCAGUUGAUUAAUAAGUAGAUUAAUUUCAGGAAUAUGUAUCUGCUCCUAUUGAACAUAUUGAUUAAGAUGAUAAAAAUAAAACAUAGAAAAUUGAUAAUAAUUAAGUAAUUUAAAAGAUGCUUAGAGAAUAUUAAGGAAAUACAAAUCGAUAACUAAGAUCAACUAUUUCUUAAGAUUUAAUUGUUGCAAGUACAUCUACUGUCAUAUAAGGAUUCUAAGGUUCUUAAAAGAGUAUUAAAUAGGAUUAAAAUAAUAAUAAUAAUAAUGGUAGUAUUUAAAAUAUAUCUUAAAGAUAAGAAUAAUUAAAAAAAGCAUAUUAACCUAUUAAUAUUUAAUAAAAAAAAAUAAAUUAAAAUUAAUUAGAUAAAAUUACAAAAGGAGGUUCACUUACUGAUAGAAAUACAAAAUAAUUACCUAUUGCUGAAGAUUUAUUUAAUAAAUUACAUGAUUUAAAAAUAAGAAGUUCAUAAAAUGCAGAAUAACAAAAGAAACCUGAAUUUAAUUAUAUGUUACCCUCAUAAUAUAAUACUCUUACAACUUUCAAGAUGAAUAGUAAUUCAAAAGCUAAAUCAUAAUAUUCAAAGAAGACAACUGCUAUUGAUUUAGGUACAAAGUCUUAACAUCAAUAAGCAAAUCACAGUUAAUCAAAGGUUUUGAAUAUUAAUUCUUAAAAAACAGAUGAUAUAGUCAAAAAAUAUAUUUAAAUGGCUACUUAGUCCAUAUAAAAUCAUAAAAAAUUUGAUUUCAAAUUAAACAUAUAAAAUUUAAAUAACAAUGAACCCCAUAUGGAAGAUGAUUUUUGUAAUUAUUGCAAAUUAUUUAGAAAAUAAACGUCUAAAUUUUCUUACAGAAAGACACAGCUAACAAUAAGAGAGAGAUUAAUUUAUAACUCAUAGAAAAAUUGUGAUUAAAUAAUGA